UGCGCUGUAAAGCAUUGGGAGAGUGACGCUUCGUUCUGCGUAUCCAGUUGGGGGAAGAGAGUUCGGCCUUCGAUUAGCUUAAAACAUUCUUGUCUGUCCAACGCAUUUUAUGCCAAUGUACAUUUUUGACCAACACUUUCAAGUUGAAAUUUGGCGCUUUGCUAUGCGUGUUGAGUGACGAGCCCUGACCUAUGCAAUUAAUGUAAAACAUCACUGAGCCUGUGCAACGCAAUUAUUUUCAACUGUCAUUCAAAUAAUGUAAACGAAUACCCUCCUUCCUGCUAAUGUUUCUUCUCAUGGUAGAAAUAACACCAUGAUUCUUCGCUUUCGUUCACUGAUCUCGCGACGUCAGAGUGACUUGUUUCGUUAAGGGAUGGUACCUCAUUUCGCACUAAGCACAGGAACUACUGCAAUUUUUUCUUCAAUUUUAAUUAAACUAAUAUGCUCGAAAUAAAAUGUUAAAAUCAGAAUUAAAAGUCUUUGAAUCCAAGUUUUGUGUGGAACAAUUGGCUCGUUUACUCCAUGGUGUGACGUGGAAAAGUCACAGUGGCGCAGUGAAUGCAGCCAAUACGAAGAAACUAGAAGUGCAUACGUCAAGAUUCGUUGAGUGGCAAGCGAGUUCUGUGCGUGGUGCGAAAGAAGCCGGUGUGGUUAUUGUAGUAAUCGCGAAUGUUGUGACGCUCUGAGUUAAUUGUUGUUUAUGCCCUCAUCAUGAAACGACUCCUCAUUUUGCAAAUAAUUGCCAUUAUAUACUUGGCAAUUGAUGGAGUUUUCUCAGAGAAUCCGGGAAUUAAAAUUAGGAAUGUAGAUCGGGUGAUUGAUCUAACCACGCAACUUGUAAAAAUUUCGGAAGUGUGUACUUUAGAAAAUAGUGGCAAUACUCCGAUUAAAAAUUUUCAGUACACGUUGAAGGAUAAUAGUGAAAAUCUCGCUUUCUUCAGUGUCCAGAGUGGCGACUCUUCAAAGUCAGUUCUGCGAUUUUCUGAGAAGAAAGUGAGUGGGCAGAGCACGUGGACUGUGGAAUUGAAUGAGCCUUUAGCAUCUGGCAAAACCACUGUCGUAGAUAUCGAUACAGUGUUCAGCCAUCGGCUGGUGCCUUAUCCAAGCAGCAUUACUCAGAAAGAGAAGCAGUUAGUUUUGUUCCAUGGAAAUCAUUAUUUCUAUUCUCCAUAUCCUGUGGCUCGGCAAACUUCGACAGUGAAUUUGGGCUCAAAGGCUAUUGAGAGUUACUCCAAAUUGAAGCCUGUGUCUCAAUCAGAGUCCACUUUGAAUUAUGGACCUUAUGAAAAUAUUGCCCCUCUCUCAUUUGAGAAAAUGACAAUCCAUUUUGAAAACAAUUCUCCUUUUCUAACGGUCACAAAUCUUUUAAGAGUAAUUGAAGUAUCACACUGGGGCAAUAUUGCUGUGGAGGAGACAGUAGAUUUGCUUCAUACUGGAGCUGUUCUCAAAGGACCAUUUUCACGGUAUGAAUAUCAAAGAGAAACACACAGUGGCCUCUCAAGUGUGAAGUCAUUUAAGACCCUUCUACCUGCUGCUGCAAAGGAUGCAUAUUACAGAGAUGAAAUUGGUAAUAUUUCUACAUCUCACAUGAAAAUAUUAAGUGAUUCUGUGGAACUUGACUUGCGUCCUCGAUUUCCAUUAUUUGGAGGAUGGAAAACUCACUACAUUAUUGGCUACAACGUUCCUAGUUAUGAAUAUUUAUACAAUUCAGGAGAUGACUACCUCCUGAGAAUGAGAUUCAUAGAUCACAUUUUUGAUGAUAUGAUUGUGGAGGAAGUCACUACGAAGAUAAUUUUACCAGAAGGAUCUCAUAAUGUUAAACUUCAGACUCCAUAUCCAGUACAGCGGUUGGGCGAUACCUUUCAUUACACAUACUUGGAUACUAAAGGAAGGCUUGUAAUAACUAUGCAUAAAACUAACUUGGUAGAAAAUCAUAUUCAAGAUUUCAAGCUCCAUUACAAAUUCCCAAGAAUGUUGAUGCUACAGGAACCUCUAUUAGUCAUUGCUGCUUUUUAUCUCCUCUUCUUGCUUGUCAUUGUCUAUGUUCGUCUGGACUUCUCUAUUACAAAGGAUGAAGCUGGUGAGAAUCGAAUGAGAGUUGCUGGUUAUUGUGAAAAAGUUUUGGCACAUCAAGAUAAAAGAGCUGGUCUGUAUCGUCACUUUGAUGAACAGCUUGUCAAAUUGAAGUCCAGCAAGGAUGUCAAUGCUUUCCAGGCAAGUUUUUCUUCAAUGAAGAGUUUUAAUCAAGAGUAUAAGACUGAGACUAGCCACAUAGCUGAGCUGUUGAAUAAAUUAAAGACUGAUGCACCAGAUAUUGCUGAGAAAGUGCAAGAUCUCCAGAAAUUGGACAAGCAAUUACGUGACCUGUAUCAGCAACAUCAGACUUUGUAUGUUGAUAAGCUUGUGCCUGGCAAGAUUGCUCGUCCUGCUUUUGUUGAUACUGAAAAUCAGCUUAACAGGAAGAAAGAAGAAUGCACAGAUAAAAUUAAUGCAAUUGUGAAGUCACUGCAAUAAGAGGAAUCACUGUGUGCAAUAGCUGGCACUGCCUCCUGAAAGUGAACUCUUUAUCAUUAGUUGGAUGUACAUUUAUCUUUGUGUACUCUCCACAAUUUGAUUACAUCACCUAAAUAACUAGAACUUCUCACAAUUCAUAAAUAUAUGUGUGUGCAAUUGUAGACAUAUUACACUGUUUUCUUUAAAUUCUCAUUGACCUUUUUCCUACUCUAAGCAACAGUUUGUUAAUGAGUUACUAUAAGGCUUUACUCAACAACAAUGAAGAGGUCUAUUAUGAAAUUAGCUGCCUGUAAAAUACGGUUAUUCAUAUUCCUUUCUAGUAGUACCUUUGAAAGCUCUUCAGUCUUCAAGCAGACGUGAACUGUAACUAUGAUAACAUAGUUUGUUGUAUUCAUUAACUUUCGUAUCUGCAUCGAAGCUUUCCACUUACUCUUAAUGCAUUUUGCUACUUUUAUCAUUAGUCCCUGUUUUCAGGAUCAAUUACUGACGACGGUCAAAUCGGAUUAAAAAAUUUAACUUGAAGAUCUUGCAAUUGUCACUGAAUGUGCAACAAAUGAUUCGUGAAUUGCUGUGGCAAAACAACCUAAAUUAAUUAAAAUUGAUUUUAGCGGAGUGCACAUUUGUAUCAAAGUAUGCCUAAUUCGCGGUUGAGGAAAUAAUCCUAAAAUGUUUAUAAAAAAUGUGGAUCUGCAUACACUGCAUCGGAUAAGUUUUAAAUAACAAUAAAUCCUAAAGUGACAGGUUAUCAAGAUAAGUAUUCUUAUUCCAUGAAAUCCUGAAGGCAAAUACUUCUCAGAGAUGAUGAUUCAAUGAGGGCUUAAAAUCUUACAAAAUGACCUGAUUGGGAACCCAGUACCACAAUUCCUAUGCCUGAUGCUGUGAGCAGAAAGCCAGUUAAAUUAUGAUAGAAUUUAUUUUUAACUGAGAGAUAUAUUCCUAAGUAAAUUACAUUAAUUUUCAGAUAUGUACUACUUCUACAAUGGAAAGUGGAAUUUGUGAGAUCUAGUAAGUUCAUUAACCUGGGAGUGCUGGCAAUAGGUGGCCUCGUGCUAAUGCCCGCAAUGUAUCUCUCAGAUACAGCUGCAACUUUUUAUGAAAGCUAAUCAUGAUCUAAAGCUCUAUUUUCUGAAGUAUGUAUUUUAGUUUGUACAUGUCCCCCAAUGACAUUGUUAAUGAAUCUUAUACUGCAGAAAUCUUUAAGUACUUAUGCAGAGAAAAGAUAAUAAUUGACAAACACACAAAAAUUAUUAAACAUCUAAUUAGAUAAUAAAUACAAUUUCCAGAAAUGAUUUUGUCAUGUUCUAAACAAACAUAUUUAGUCUGGCACAUCAUCUUUUCCUUUGACAAGAAAUAGUGACAGUUGAUCCUAGAUAAGACAAUUGAU